AUGACCUCUAAAGGUCCCUUCCCCCCCGAGCCGGACCGUGACUCUGUGACACCGCCCGGGGCUGACAGCAGCCUGUCGCGCAGGGACACCGGCGCAAGCCCCGCCGCCAAGGCCGAGCCGAGCCCUUUUUCCUGCCUCAGCACUGCUGCACCCAGCCUCAACCCCCCCUUUCCCCGGUUCCCUCCGAGCUGCCGCCGGCUCCCGGGGCGGAGCGCGGCCUGUUCCGGGAGGGGCUGCCACUCUCCCGCCCUUGCCGCCAUGGCCGCUCCGCCGCCGGCUCCGCAGCCCCCCGCCGCCGCCCGCCGCCGCUGCUCGCGGCUGCCCGUGGUCGAGCCGUUCCUCUUCCUUUCCACCGUGUCCCUCGGCCUGCAGGGUCCGCUGGCCACGCAGUACCUCUGGGACCGGCUCGGUGCCGAGCACGGCUACCAUGGCGGCAACGCCAGCAGCCUCUCCGGCUGCGGGAACAGCAGCGCCGGUGACGACCCUCUGCGGAAGGAGGUGGAAGCUCUGGUCUCCCACUGGAACCUCUAUAUCAACCUGGGAGGUUUCUUUGUUGGCAUCUUCUCCGUGACGCUCUUUGGGCCGUGGAGUGACAGCGUGGGCCGCCGUCCGGCACUCGUGCUGUCGGCAUGGGGUAUGGCCUUGCAAGCGGCGGUCUACCUCCUGGUCAUGUACCUGCAGCUGCACGUCGCCUACUUUCUCCUGGGGCGCCUUUUGAGUAGCUUCUUGGGGGACUACAACCUGAUCCUGGCCGGCUGCUUUGCCUAUGUGGCCGACACCAGCGAUAAAGGCUCCCGCACGUUCCGUGUGGCCAUCCUCGAAGCGUGUCUCGGCAUCGCGGGCAUGCUGGCCAGCAUCGGCGGUGGCCACUGGCGCAGGGCACAGGGUUACAUCAACCCCUUUUGGAUGGUGUUUGCUGCCAGUCUUGCUGCGGCUCUCUAUGCUGCUUUCUGUCUCCAGGAGUCGGUGAAGCAGCUGAAGCCGGCCAGGCUGUUCACGCUCAGUCACUACAAGGCUGUCUACAGGCUCUACACGGCCCCGGAACACCGGAGCUCCAGGAAGCAGCUCGCUCUUUACUCCCUGGCUUUCUUUCUCCUUGUCACCGUACAUUUUGGAGCCAAGGACCUCUUUGUUUUGUACGAGCUUGGCUCCCCUCUCUGCUGGACCUCUGACCUCAUUGGGUAUGGCUCAGCUGCCAACUACCUGGCUUACCUGAGCAGCCUGGGAGGUCUGCGGCUGCUACAGCUCUGCCUUAAAGACAGCUGGGUGGCAGAGAUAGCAUUGUUCUCCAAUAUUGCUGGAAUGAUUGUGAUUUCUCUUGCUACUACAACUCCACUGAUGUUUACAGGUUAUGGGAUUCUGUUUCUUUCCAUGGCAGCCACUCCAGUCAUCAGAUCCAGGCUCUCCAAGCUGGUCAGUGAGACGGAACAGGGUGCUCUCUUUGCUUCUGUUGCCUGCGUAGAAGGGCUGUGUUCACUUGUGGCUACCGGAGUCUUCAACUCUCUCUACCCUGCCACUUUGCACUUCAUGAGGGGAUUCCCAUUUCUCUUGGGGGCUGUAAUUCUUCUUAUUCCAGCAGCUAUCAUAGGGUCCAUAGAAAUCUGGGGCUCAAAAGAUGACUACAGUCACUUCUCACCUGCUUCCCCGUCUCCCACAGAUGGCUGA